GUUGACUAGGAGUGAUGAAUAUAAAGCUAUAUUCCUUGCGUUCUUUCCACGAACCCCUCAAACCCCACCCUCAGCUUUCCCAACAUUGUUGAUUAAAAACCUGCAACUCGCAUCCAAACUAGUAAUGCAUGAUAUUUCUAAGUCUCAUGGCCAUGACGAUUUGGCUUCUUGGAAGCAAAUCGUGAUCUAUUACUAUACACAUAUCAAAUAUAGAGUAAAGGAUUCCCAGGGCUAGAGAAAUAGUAACCAAUUAUUAGCAUCAGAGUAAUUAGAUAGCUGUACAGGUGAGAAGAAUGGCAGAGGAGGAUUUUGCAAAUGCAAAAAUAUCAGUGUGGUGGGAUAUAGAGAAUUGCAAUGUGCCAAAGGGGGUGGAUCCCUAUGCAAUUGCACAGAACAUUACUUCUGCGCUCAAGAAGGUGGAUUACAGAGGCGCAGUUUCCAUUUAUGCAUAUGGAGAUACCAAAGUAUUGACCUCCCGUGUUCAAGAAGCCCUCUCCAGCACUGGGAUAGCCCUGCAUCAUAUACCCUCAGGUGUGAAGGAUGCAAGUGAUAAAGCAAUUUUAGUUGAUAUGUUAUUUUGGGCAGUAGACAAUCCUGCUCCUGCAAAUUAUAUGCUUAUUUCUGGUGACCGGGAUUUUUCCAAUGCUCUUCACAAACUCGCACAGAGGAGGUACAAUAUCCUUUUGGCACGGCCUGCUCAGAAUGUUUCUGCAUCUCUUACAGGAGCAGCGAGGACCAUUUGGCUAUGGGCCAACUUAGCAAGGGGUGAGCCGUCGCUACAGGAUCCACUGACUGAUUCUGAACAAACAGACAAUAACCCUAAUUCUAACCCUCCUGUAAAUGGUGUAAGAGCAGAGUUAGAGAUGAGGCGUGCAUUUUCAGAAUUAGAUCUGAAAUCUUCAGUUUCUCAGGGCAGGCAACCACUUCCAGGAGUGCAACUGCAUGCAAACAAUAUCACUACACAUUCCAUGGAAUCUAAUUUUCGUGAUACUGCACAGUUCCGACCAGAUUGGUCCAACCAUAUGCCUGCCAAUGGAAUAGGGCAUCCAAAUGGACAAAGAGAGUUUAAUAACUUCUUUGCGGGAACAAGACCUCCUACUAUAACUUCUGAAACUAGUAACUUUGCAUUACAUUCACAUUCUAGUGCACCUGGUAGUUCUAAUACUGUAAGGCCUUUAUCCUCUACAUAUACUAGGAAUUUUGACUACAAUAAUUUUAAGCAGACUCAAUUUGAUCCCAAAACUUCUUUUAAUCCAUCCAUGAGGUCCAGCUCAUGUCCUGUUCCUCAGGGUAAUAGUUAUUCGGGUACAGGAAGUCCAAUUCAAUCUAAAGUAAGGCCAAAUAUUGCUAUGAACCCCCGGCCUAAUACUCAGCCUCAAGUUAUAAGUAAUCUACCUACAAAUAAUUUUAGUACAGGAAGACCAAAAUUUCAUCCUCAAUUUACAAGCAGUUUGUCUGCUGAUAAUUCUGGUGGAGCAAGGCCUAGCUUUUUGCCUCAAGUUGCAAAUGGUUUAUCUGUAGGUAACUUUGGUGCACCACGGUCAAAUUUUCAUACUCAAGUUUAUACAUCACCGGAUAAUUUAGUUUCAAUGAGGGCAAGUUAUCCUUCUGACUCAAGGACACCUGAGCAACAGCAAAGCUACAAUGUGCAAGCUACACAUGGCAUUUCUAAUCAAAUGCAAUGGCAGUUUCCUCCAAGUCAAGAACCUCAUCCUAUGAGUUUUAAUUCUAACAUUCCUGGCCCAGACAAUCAUGGAGGAAGAAGGCCUCUGGAGCAGACCUCAUCAGAGUUUAUGGGUUCUCGCCGCCCUCAAAUUAGUAUUCCUUUACGUGCCUUAGAAUUUCUCAAGCAGAAUAUGAUGGUGCCUACAGAAGCAAAUAUUGAAGAUUGCAUCAGAUAUGGAGAGAUGUGUAGUUCUAAUUUUAAUGUUCGUGAGCUGCUGGAAAAUUCACUCCAGCAAAAAGAGAUAGUAACAUUGAAAGCUGCAGGACCUUUAUUAUAUCUUCCUUGCAAUGUUCAGCUUUGGAAAUGUGUGGAUCCUCUCAACAUUCAUGAUAAUUAUCCAAAUGAAGUCUGGGAGGAAUUUCGGAAGUUUCUUUUAAGUUCAGAAGGACACGAGGCAAUGAUGAAAUCUGAGAAGCGGUAUCAUGCAGCAUUGAUAUUGAAGUCAUUUUGCUUGAAAAAUAUCACACUUGGGGAAAUUCUGCAUAUGUUGCAGCUUGCUAUUAAUGCUAAACGGUGGCUAAGACACCAUUAUUCAGGGUGGCAGCCGUUGUCUAUUCAAAUUAGGUCACAGUGAUAGGUUUUGGACCUAAGAUUUAUAUUAUGAGAAUAAUUUUUCUUUCAGACACAUUGAAGACAGUAUUCCUAAAGUUAACAUGUUAAAUAGAAUAUAUGGGGCUAGUGGGUGGAAUUAGUAACAGAUUAGGUAGAGUAUCGGGAUCAUGCUCAUGGUCAUGACAUAUACUGAAUAUGAAGAGUCUACAAAAUGCAUGAUGGUGUGUUGGUAUGGACAGGACAUCUGAAGCUUUUGUGGCACUUGUGGUACAAUGGAGCACUAGUUUGAUUGCUUUGAAGGAAAGAAUUCUAUUUCAGUUUGGUUAUGUUUUCAUUUCAGAGAAGCCCAGGGUCUGUGGGAUUGGCUGCUGUAUUUCAAGGUAGUUGACGCAUAUUAGUAUGGAUUAAUGCCAGAACAUCUCUUGGUUAUAUUUGACAAAGAAACUCCAUUCUUUCAAUGGAGUCAUUCAUAUUAUUGUCUACAUAGUGUGUUAUAUGUGAGGAUUUGACCAAACAGCUAGUAGUAAGUGAUGAAUAUGUCAGCCUUAAAAUGUUUAAGUGAUUUGACUAAAAGAUUAAACUUGGAAGUUAUAAGUUUUUAAAUCUGUUAUUGAAAGUAUGACAGUACAGUAUGAUUUGUUGGUUUCCUAGAGCGUUUGGGAUGUGCCACAGUAUAGAAGUUGACAUGAAGACUCCGAUGUUCUUUCUAAGUGUAUGUGGUGUACAACGACAUGUAAGGGCAUGAACAAUAUACAGAAGCAGGUUUUUCUCUAUAGAAGACAUCAGCUUGCACUGUACAAUACUUGGUCAUAGAUCAGUUGAAACUUAAUGACUGAAAAUAAAAUAAAAGUAAUUCUACUCAUGGCUCAGGUAUUAUGAUCAUUGCUCUCAUUAUAUCUGCUUCUGUAGCUUGAUGGAGAAAUCAGUGCAACAAACAUUGCUGUAUGGGAGGAUUUAAUGAUCCUUUCAAUUAUAAACUUCAGGGGGAACUGGCUACAUCUUUUCUCAAUGGUUGCUAUGGUGGUUUGAUGACAAUUGUGGGUGACAACUAUUUGCUUUAUCAUCAUAAUUAUCCUAGGAUUGCUGUUUGCUGUGUGGCCCCAAGUUCUAAUAUGAUUAAUUGCUAUGUUGCCAGAAGUUAUAUUUAACUGACUAUCGGCAAUCUUGGUGGGACUACUAAACAGAUGCAUAGGUUGGAGAUGAAUGGAGAAUCCCAUUACAGUUCCAAAUUUUAUUCUAUUGAUGGGCAGCAAUAAAUAUAUGGUCAUAUAUUUUACUUUUAUGUAUAAUGUUCAUACUAGAAAAUUCGCGUCUCAAGAUAACUGUAAGUUCUCUUUUGUUUGAGUCUAGUUAGCUAGCUAAUAUUGCAUGUAUGUCUGCUAGCGUAUUCUGCAUGGGGUGCACAAUCGCACGAACAAUUUGUAUCUUGCUGUAUAUGCAUUAUAUUGAGAGUGAGUACACUCAUGGUCUGCUUGUUUAA